UUUAUCUUAUUAUUAUUUAAUUUUAACAAAGAAAUUAGUAUUUCACCAAAACGAGUUCCUCCGUCUCUCUUCAAGCAUAUUAGCGAUGGCUCCCAAAGCAAGCAGCUCCCUCUUCCAAAGCCUGAAACGCUACGUUAAGAAGCCAUGGGAGAUAACCGGACCCUGCGCCGACCCAGAAUACAAAAACGCUUUGCCAAAAGCGACGGAGUAUCGUGUUCGCUGCCCUGCCACCACUUUGCAAAAGCCCAUUGUCCCAACCUCUAACCCCGAAACCGUCUUCGACAUCAAAUAUUACUCUCGCGAUCAACGCCGCAACCGCCCCCCGAUUCGCCGUACCAUCUUGAAGAAAGCUGACGUGGAGAAGAUGAUGAAAGAGAAAACCUUUGAUGUCAACGAUUUUCCUAGGGUUUACUUGACUGCUAAAGUUGAAGAGGAUGAGAAUGCCAUUGGUGGAGGUUACCAGUAAUAGGCCUCUCGGAACCUGUGGCGAAAUUAAUGUUCACUGCUUCCUUCUGUUUCACUCCCUUGCUGUCGUGGAACAAUGCAGGCCAUGUUAACAUAGAAAUUUCUGGAGACUCUUGAAGUUAAAGAGGAUGAGGUGUCCAACAUUAAUAAGGACAGUUGCCUGGAUUUUGUUUAUUUGUUUGGUUUACUCUGUUAAUUGACAUGUUUGUAUAAAUCCAAAUGCAACUGCAGUUGAGUGAUGAAUGAUGUAAUCGAUUCCUUCAAGCUUGUAUGAUUUUCUAAAUAUGAUAAUCUGGCGUAAGGUUUCAUAACA